CACCCACAUUCACGGGGGUCUCUGAGUCAGACAUGGAGACCCAUUCCCUGGGGACCUCGGCAUCUGCCCAGACCACACAAGCAGGGGAGACCAGCUCGACUGCACACACAGCCAUCCACACAUCAGGUGGGCACAUGGGCAUACAGGGCACGGCCCUGGCUGGCUUAGGCACUGAUGUCACAGAGGCCUCCACCUUGGGGGCAGCCACCUCCCCAGCUACCCCUGCUGCAGCCAGCUCCACACCCUCAGGGAGCAGCCCUGUGUCCAGCACAGCCUCUGAGGCGUCCUCUGCCCCCAGCGCUGUGCCUGUGCAGGAAAGCAGCCCUGCCAGCUCCCUGGGAACCAGCGGUGCCACCAGCUCCCCCUCCACCGAACCUCCCACCACAUGGACACACAGCCUCUCCACGCCUGCGUCCACCAGGGAGAGUCUCCAGUCCACCAGCGAAGUAGCCACCCGGACACAGGGGUCAAUACCCCCAACUGUUACCACCUCAACGGACAGCCAAGGGGCCAGCACACCUGCCCACAAAGCCAGCUCUCUGGGCCCCACAGCCUGGCUCACAAAUCUUGUCUCUUCCUCCUCCUCCUCCUCCUCUUCCUCCUCGUCCUCAGCGGUGCCCCAGUCCAGCGUAUACACCACCACCUCUGGACUAAGCUCUGGCCCCACUGACUCAGGCCAAUCCACUGCUGCUCUGGUGUACCCUUCGAUGACAGGGUAUCCUGGGGUGUCCAAAUCCACCCCCACAUCCUCGGGGAUCUCUGAGACAGACAUGGAGACCCAGUCUCCAAGGCCCUCGACAUCCACCCAGACCACGCCAUCCUGGGAGACCAGCUCGGCUGGGCACACAGCCAUCCACACACCUGGCAGGCACAUGGACACUUCCCAGCCUGGCCCAGGCACCAAUGCCACUGCAGCCCCCUCCUCAGGAACAACAUCCCAUGUGGGGCCCGACAGGUCCAACACCUCAGAGACCACACACACUGGAGCUACCAGUGGAAGGAUGGCUUCCUCUCCAUCAGAGCCAGAAUCUGCAGGCAUGACCAGCUUCUCCCAAAAGACCCUGACUCAAGUCUCCCCCUCUGCUCUCCAUACCCUGGGUCCUCCCACCUCCAUAGCCUCAGAAAAAAACAGUUCCACCAGCUCCCCCUACACCAAGCCUCUUAUGGCUCAAACACACAGCCUCUCUCUGCCUGCUUCUUCUAGGGAGAGUCUCCAUUCCACCACUGCAGUGGCCACCCCAACACAGAGAUUAAUUCCACUGACUGUAACCACCUCAACAGGCCCCCAGGGGGUCAGCACACCUGGGCAGGAGGCCAACUCUCAGAAGCCCACAGUCUGGCAGUCAAAUCCUGCCUUGUCCUCCUUCUCAGAGGUGCCCCAGUCCAGCGUGCAGACCACCACUACUGGACUGGAAUUCGGCCCCACUGCCUCAGGCCAAUCCACGACUACUCUUGCUUACCCCACAACCAUGGGGGACUCCAGGGUAUCCAAAUCCACACCCACAUCUCCAGGGGUCUCUGGGACAGUCACGGAGACCCAUUCUCUGAGGACCUCGGAAUCUGCCCAGACCACGCCAGCAGGGGAGACCAGCUCUGCUGGGCACACAGCCAUCCACACAUCAGGUGGGCACAGGGGAAUGACCCAGGCUGGCCCAGGCAAUGAUGCCACACUGGCUCCCUCCUCAGGCCCAACAUACAAUGCGGGGCCUGACCAGUCCGUGACCUCAGAGCCAGGGCACACUGGAGCCACCGGUGGUAGGAUGUCUUCUUCCCCAUCAGGGCCAAAAUCCGCAGGCAUGAGUAACACCCCCCAAAUGAUAUCAACUCAGGUCUCUCUGAUUGCUCUCCGCACUAUGGAUACCUCCACCUCCAGCAACACAGGGGCCACCACCUCCCUGGCCACCCCUGCUGCUCCCAGCUCCACACUCUCAGGGAGCAGCCCUGUGUCCAGCACAGCCUCUGAGGCGUCCUCUGCCCCCAGCACUGUGCCUGUGCAGGAAAGCAGCCCUGCCAGCUUGCUGGGAACCAGCAGUGACACAAGCUCCCUGUCCACCGAACGUCCCACCACAUGGACACACAGCCUUUCCACACCUGCGUCCACCAGGGAGAGUCUCCAGUCCACCAGCGAAGUAGCCACCCGGACACAGGGGUCAAUACCCCCAACUGUUACCACCUCAACGGACAGCCAAGGGGCCAGCACACCUGCCCACAAAGCCAGCUCUCUGGGCCCCACAGCCUGGCUCACAAAUCUUGUCUCUUCCUCCUCCUCCUCCUCCUCUUCCUCCUCGUCCUCAGCGGUGCCCCAGUCCAGCGUACACACCACCACCUCUGGACUAAGCUCUGGCCCCACUGACUCAGGCCAAUCCACUGCUACUCUGGUGCACCCCUCAAUGGGAGGAUAUUUCGAGGUGUCCAAAUCCACACUCACACUCUCAGGGUUCGCUGAGACAGACACGGAGACCCAUUCUCCAAGGACCUCGACAUCCGCCCAGACCACGCCAUCCUGGGAGCCCAGCUGGGCCGGGCACACAGCCAUCCACACAUCGGGCGGGCACACAGCAUCUGCCCAGGCUGGCCCAGGCACGGAAGUCACAGUGGCGCCCUCCUCAGGCCCCACAUCCCCUGCGGGGCCCCACUGGUCCACUGCCUUGCAGUCCACGCACACCAGAACCACCAGUGGAAGGACGGUUUCCUCGCCAUCAGGGCCCGAAUCUGCAGGCAUCACCAGCAUCCCUCAAAUGAGCCCGACUCAGGUUUCCCCCGCUGUGCUCGAUAUCCUGGCUCCCUCUACCACCACAGCCAUGGGAGCCACUAGUGCCACCAGCUCCCCUUCCGCCACCCCUUCCAGUGGGAGGAGACACAGCCUCUCCACGCCUGCUUCCACCAGGGAGAGUCUCCAGUCCACCAGCGAGGCAGCCGCCCCGACACAGGGGUCAAUGCCGCUUACUGUUACCACCCCAAAGGACAUCCAGAGGGCCAGCACACCUGCCCACAAAGCCAGCUCUAGGGGCCGCACAGACUGGCAGACAAAUCCUGCCUCCUCUAUCUCCUCCUCAGCGGUGCGCCAGUCCAGCGUGCAGACCACAACCUCUGGACUGGAAUCCAGACCCACUGCUUCAGCCCAAUUCCCUGCUACUCUUGCACACCCCUCGACCACAGAGGACUAUGCGGCGUCCAAAUCCAAACCAUCAUCCUUCGGCGAAUCUGGGAAGGACAUAGUGACCCAUUCCCCGGGGACUUCAACAUCAGCCCAGACCACGCUAGAAGGCGAGACCGACUCAGCUGGACACACAGCCAUUCACACAUCUGCCACACGCUUGGACUCGGUCCAGGUUGACCCAGGAGCCUAUGUCACAGAAGUCCCCUCCUCAGGCCCAAUGUCCCAUGCAACUCCCGACCGGUCCACCACCUCAGAGCCCACACACACCAGAGCCACCAGAGGAAGGACAGCUUCCUCCCCAUCAGGGCCACAAUCUGCAGGAUUGGCCAGUGUUACCCAAACGGCCCAGACUCGGGGCUCCGCAAAUGCUCUUCACAUCCCAGUUCUCUCCACCACCACAGCCUCGGGGGCCACCAGCUCCCCUGUCACCCCUGCUGUUCCCAGCUCCUCACCCUCAGAUAGCAGCCCUGUGUCCAGCACAGCCUCUGAGGCGUCCUCUGCACCCAGCACUGUGCCUGUUCAAGAAAGCAGCCCUGCCAGCUCCCCUGGAACAAUCGGUACCACCAGCUCCUCCUACACUGAGCUUCCCAAUGCAUGGACACACAGUCUCUCCACGCCUGUGUCCACCAGGGAGAGUCUGCAGUCCACCAGUGAGGUGGCCACCCUGACACAGGAGUCAAUGCCACAGACCAUGACCACCUCAAUGGACAGCCUUUGGGAAAGCUCACAUACCCACAGUGCCAGCUCUCAGGACUCCACAAUCUGGCAGAAAACUCCUGCCUUCUCUGCUUCCUCCUCCGCCUCCACCUUAGGAGUCCCACGGUCCAGCAUGCAGACCACCACCUCUGCACUGGCAUCUGGCUCCUCUGCCUCAGGACAAUCCACAACUACUCUUCCUCUUCACUCAACAGUGGGGGACUCUGGGGUUUCCAAAUCCACACCCACAUCCACGGGGGUCUCUGAGUCAGGCAUGGAGACCCAUUUCCUGAAGACCUCGGAUUCUGCCAAGACCACACCAGCAGGAGAGACCAGCUCGACUGCACACACAGCCAUUCACACAUCGGGUGGGCACUCGGGCAAGAACCAGGCUGGCCCAGGCACUGAUGUCACAGUUGCCUCCUCCUCAGGGGCAGCUACCUCCCCAGCAGCUCCUGCUGCUCCCAGCUCCACACCCUCAGGGAGCAGCCCUGUGGCCAGCACAGCCUCUGAGGCGUCCUCUGCACCCAGCACUGUGCUUGAGCAGGAAAGCAGCGCUGCCAGCUCCCCCGGAACCAGAGACGCCACCAGCUCACCCUCCAUGGAAUCUGCCACUGCUCAGAGGCACAGCCUCUCCACGGCUGCUACCACCAGGGAAAGUCUCCAGUCCAUCAGUGGGGAGACCACCCCAACACAGGGGUCAAUGCCACCCACUGUGACCACCUCAAUGGACAGCCUUUGGGACAGCUCACAUUCCCAGGAUGCCAGCUCUAAUGGCCCCAUGCCCUGGCACACAAAUCCUGCCGCCUCCUCCUCCUCCUCCUCCUCCUACUCCUCCUACUCCUCUUUCUCCUCCUCCUCAUAUGCCUCCAUGUCCUUCUCUUCCUCCUCCUCCUCCUCCUCAGCAGUGCCCCAAUCCAGCAUGCACACCACCACCUCUGGACUAAGCUCUGGCCCCACUGACUCAGGCCAAUCCACUGCUGCUCUGGUGCACCCCUCGACCAGGGAAGAUCCUGGGGUGUCCAAAUCCACACCCACAUCCUCAUGGUUCUCUGUGACAGACAAGGAGAUCCGUUCUCCAGGAUCCUCAACAUCUGCCCAGACCAUGCCACCAGGGGAGACCAGCUCGGCUGGGCACACAGCCAUCCACAAUUCUAUCAGGCACGCAGGCACAGCCCAGGCUGGCACAGACACCAAUACCACAGCAGCCCCCUCCUCAGGGAAAACGUCCCAUACAGGGCCUUACUGGUCAGCCAUCUCUGAGACCACGCACACUGGAGCCACCAGUGGAAGGACAGCGACCUCCCUGUCCUGGACAGAUUCCACAGGAUUGACCACCAUUCCCCAAAAAACCCUGAAUCGGGUCUCCAUGAAUGCUCUCCACUCUCUGGGUUUCUCCACAACCACAGCAUUGGGAACCACCAGUGCCACCAGCCCAUCCUCCACUGAAUCUUCCAGCGAGGGGACACACAGCCUCUCCGCGCGUGCUUCAAGCAGGGAGAGUCUCCAGUCCACUACCACGAGGGCCAUCCAGACACAAGGGUCAAUUCCACCAACUGGGAUCACCUCAAUGGACAGCCUGGGGACCAGCACACCUGCCCAGGAGGACAGCUUUCAGGGCCCCUCAGCCUUGCAGACAAAUCCCACCUCCUCAUCCUCAUCCUACACCUCUACCUCCUAUGCCUCCACCUCCGCCUUCUCGUCCUCCUCCUCCUCUUUCUCCUCCUUCUCCUCCUCCUCCUCAGCGGGGCCCCAGUCCAGCAUGCCUACCACCACCUCUGGACUGGAAUCCAGCCACACUGCGUCAGGCCAAUCCACCACUAAUCUUGUGCACCCUUCAACCACAGAGGACUAUGCAGUGUCCAAAUCCAGCCUAUCUGAGACAGACAUCGCGACUCAUUCCCCGGGGAUUUUUGCAUCUUCCCAGACCACACUAGAAGUCAAGACCAGCUCUGCUGGGCACACAGCCAUUUACACACCUGCCACACACUCAGGUUUGGCCCAGGUUGGCCCAAGAAUCUAUGUUACAGCAGGCCCCUCCUCAGGCCCAACAUUCCAUGCAGGGCCCACCCAAGCCACCACCUCAGAGCCCACUCACACCAGAGCCACCAGCGGAAGGACAGCUUCCUACCCAUCCUGGACAGAAUCUCCAGGAUUGACCAGCGUUCCCCAAAUGACCCAGACUCGGGGCUCCCCAAGUACCAUUCACACCCCAGGUCUCUCCAUAACCAGAGCCUUGGGGGCCACCACUUCCCCUGUCAACCCUGCUGUUCCCAGCUCUUCACCCUCAGAUACCAGCCCUGUGGCCAGCACAGCCUCUGAGGAGUCCUCUGCACUCAGCACUGAGCCUGUGCAGGAAAGCAGCUCUGAAAGCUCCCCAGGAACUAGCGGUGCCACCAGCUCCUCCUACACCGAGCUUCCCACCACGUGGACACACAGCCUCUCCACGCCUGUAUCCACGAGGGAGAGUCUCCAGUCCACCAGCGAGGCUGCCACUACACAGGUGUCAGUGCCACAGACUGUGACCACCUCAACAGACAGCCUGGGGGCCAGCACACCUUCCUAUGAGGCCAGUGCUUGGGGGCCCACAGCCUGGCAGACAAAUCCUGCCUCUUCCUCCUCCAACUCAACAGUCCCACCAUCCAGCACGCAGAACACCACCUCUGGGCUGGAAUCCCACUCCUCUCCCUCAGGCCAGUCCACCACUGCUCUGGCGCACACCUCAAAUACAGGGGACUCCAGGAUGUUCAAAUCCACACCCACAUUCACGGGGGUCUCUGAGUCAGACAUGGAGACCCAUUCCCUGGGGACCUCGGCAUCUGCCCAGACCACACAAGCAGGGGAGACCAGCUCGACUGCACACACAGCCAUCCGCACAUCAGGUGGGCACAUGGGCACACAGGGCACGGCCCUGGCUGGCCUAGGCACUGAUGUCACAGAGGCCUCCACCUUGGGGGCAGCCACCUCCCCAGCCACCCCUGCUGCAGCCAGCUCCACACCCUCAGGGAGCAGCCCUGUGUCCAGCACAGCCUCUGAGGCGUCCUCUGCCCCCAGCGCUGUGCCUGUGCAGGAAAGCAGCCCUGCCAGCUCCCCGGGAACCAGCGGUGCCACCAGCUCCCCCUCCACCGAACCUCCCACCACAUGGACACACAGCCUCUCCACGCCUGCGUCCACCAGGGAGAGUCUCCAGUCCACCAGCGAAGUAGCCACCCGGACACAGGGGUCAAUACCCCCAACUGUUACCACCUCAACGGACAGCCAAGGGGCCAGCACACCUGCCCACAAAGCCAGCUCUCUGGGCCCCACAGCCUGGCUCACAAAUCUUGUCUCUUCCUCCUCCUCCUCCUCCUCUUCCUCCUCGUCCUCAGCGGUGCCCCAGUCCAGCGUAUACACCACCACCUCUGGACUAAGCUCUGGCCCCACUGACUCAGGCCAAUCCACUGCUGCUCUGGUGUACCCUUCGAUGACAGGGUAUCCUGGGGUGUCCAAAUCCACCCCCACAUCCUCGGGGAUCUCUGAGACAGACAUGGAGACCCAGUCUCCAAGGCCCUCGACAUCCACCCAGACCACGCCAUCCUGGGAGACCAGCUCGGCUGGGCACACAGCCAUCCACACACCUGGCAGGCACAUGGACACUUCCCAGCCUGGCCCAGGCACCAAUGCCACUGCAGCCCCCUCCUCAGGAACAACAUCCCAUGUGGGGCCCGACAGGUCCAACACCUCAGAGACCACACACACUGGAGCUACCAGUGGAAGGAUGGCUUCCUCUCCAUCAGAGCCAGAAUCUGCAGGCAUGACCAGCUUCUCCCAAAAGACCCUGACUCAAGUCUCCCCCUCUGCUCUCCAUACCCUGGGUCCUCCCACCUCCAUAGCCUCAGAAAAAAACAGUUCCACCAGCUCCCCCUACACCAAGCCUCUUAUGGCUCAAACACACAGCCUCUCUCUGCCUGCUUCUUCUAGGGAGAGUCUCCAUUCCACCACUGCAGUGGCCACCCCAACACAGAGAUUAAUUCCACUGACUGUAACCACCUCAACAGGCCCCCAGGGGGUCAGCACACCUGGGCAGGAGGCCAACUCUCAGAAGCCCACAGUCUGGCAGUCAAAUCCUGCCUUGUCCUCCUUCUCAGAGGUGCCCCAGUCCAGCGUGCAGACCACCACUACUGGACUGGAAUUCGGCCCCACUGCCUCAGGCCAAUCCACGACUACUCUUGCUUACCCCACAACCAUGGGGGACUCCAGGGUAUCCAAAUCCACACCCACAUCUCCAGGGGUCUCUGGGACAGUCACGGAGACCCAUUCUCUGAGGACCUCGGAAUCUGCCCAGACCACGCCAGCAGGGGAGACCAGCUCUGCUGGGCACACAGCCAUCCACACAUCAGGUGGGCACAGGGGAAUGACCCAGGCUGGCCCAGGCAAUGAUGCCACACUGGCUCCCUCCUCAGGCCCAACAUACAAUGCGGGGCCUGACCAGUCCGUGACCUCAGAGCCAGGGCACACUGGAGCCACCGGUGGUAGGAUGUCUUCUUCCCCAUCAGGGCCAAAAUCCGCAGGCAUGAGUAACACCCCCCAAAUGAUAUCAACUCAGGUCUCUCUGAUUGCUCUCCGCACUAUGGAUACCUCCACCUCCAGCAACACAGGGGCCACCACCUCCCUGGCCACCCCUGCUGCUCCCAGCUCCACACUCUCAGGGAGCAGCCCUGUGUCCAGCACAGCCUCUGAGGCGUCCUCUGCCCCCAGCACUGUGCCUGUGCAGGAAAGCAGCCCUGCCAGCUUGCUGGGAACCAGCAGUGACACAAGCUCCCUGUCCACCGAACGUCCCACCACAUGGACACACAGCCUUUCCACACCUGCUUCCACCAGGGAGAGUCUCCAGUCCACCAGCGAGGCUGCCACCCGGACACAGGGGUCAAUACCACCGACACUUACCACCUCAAUGGACAGCCUGGGGGCCAGCAUGCAGACCACCACCUCCGGACUGGAAUCCCGCUCCUCUGUCUCAGGCCAACCCACCACUACUCUGGUGCACCCCUUAACCACGGGGGACUCUGGGAUGUCCAAAUCCACACCCACAUCCACGAGGGUCUCUGGGACAGUCACGGAGACCCAUUCUCUGAGGACCUCAGAAUCUGCCCAGAGCACGCCAUCCUGGGAGACCAGCUGGGCCGGGCACACAGCCAUCCACACAUCCGGCGGGCACACAGGAUCUGCCCCGGCUGGCCCAGGCACCAAUGUCCCAGCAGCCCCCUCCUCAGGCCCCACGUCCCAUGCACAGCCCGAACAUUCUACCACCUCAGAGCCCAUGCACACCAGAACCACCACUGGAAGGAUGGCUUCCUCCCUAUCAGGGCCAGAAUCAGCAGGUGUGACCAGCAUCACGCAAAUGACACCAACUCAGGUCUCCCCGAAUUCUCUCCACACCCCUGGUCCCUCCUCUACCACCACCUCUGGAGCCAGCACCUCCCCUGCUGCCCCUGCUGCUCCUAACUCUACGGCCUCAGGGAGCAGCCCUGUGGCCAGCACAGCCUCUGAGGCGUCCUCUGUCCCCAGCACUGCGCCUGUGCAGGAAAGCAGCCCUGCCAGCUCCCCAGGAACCAGCGGUGCCACAAACUCACCCUCCACUCAGCCUCCCACCCGAAGGAGGCACAGCCUCUCCACACCUGCUUUCACUACAGAGAGUCUCCAGUCCACCAGCGAGGCAGCCACCCUGACAUGGGUGUCAAUGCCACUUACAGUGACUCCCUCAGAGGACAUCCUGGGGGCCACCACACCUUCCCAUGAGGCCACCUUCUCCGCCUCUGCCUCCUCUGCGGUGCCCUGGUCCAGCGUGCAGACCACGACCUCUGGACUAGAAUCCAGCCCCACUGCCUCAGAGCAAUCCCCCGCUACUCUGGUGCACACCUUGACUGCAGGGGACUCCGGAGCGCCCAAAUCCACACCCACGUCCUCAGGGUUCUCUGAGACGGAUGUGGAAACCCAUUCUCCGGGAAAGUCAGCAUCUACCCAGACCACGCCAGCAGGGGAGAGCAGCUCGGCUGGGCACACGGCCAUCCACAGAUCUGGUGGGCACACGGGCACGGCCCAGUCUCGCCCAGGUACCGAUGUCACGGCCAUUCCUUUCUCGGGCACAACGGCCCAUGCCAGGCCCGACCGGUCCACCACCUCAGAGCCCACAUACACCGGAGCCACCAGCGGAAGGACAGCUUCCUCUCCAUCCUGGCCAGAAUCCACAGGACGGACCAGCAUCCCCCAAAUGACCCAGACUCUGGGGGCAAGCACUGAGCUCCACACCGUCACAGACUCUGAGGCUACAACGUCCCUCCUCACCCCUGCUGCUCCCAGCUCCACACUCCCAGGGAGCAGCCCUGUGGCCAGCACAGCCUCUGAGGUGCCCUCCGGCCCUGAGGAGGAAAGCAGUUCCACUAACACCCUGGGAACCCUUGGUGCCGACAGCUCCCCCUCCACCGAACCUCCCACCACAUGGACACACAGCCUCUCCACGCCUGCUUCCACCAGGGAGAGUCUCCAGUCCACCAGUGAGGCUGCCAUCCAGACACGGGCAUCAAUGCCUCCGACUGUGACCACCUCAACAGACAGCCUGGGGGCCAGCACACCUCACAAAACCGUUAGCUCUCGGAGCCGCACAGCCUGGCAGUCAUAUUCUGCCUCCUCCUCUCCCUCAGGGGUAGCUCGGUCCAGCGUGCUGACCGCCACCUCUCCCUUACAUUCUGGCCCUUCUGCUUCCUCCGGGACAAGCACAGGCCAAACCAGCGUUUUGCCAUUUACCGAGUCAGCUCUACCAGAUGUCACCACUUCUAACAUCUUGCCUCGAUCCUCAAGCCCUGGGGUAGAGGGGAUUCAGACGGCUCCCCCAGGGACCCGUUCGUCCUCAGCGUUCCAGGUGACAGGGACGUCCACUGCCGUGUCGGGCACAGCCUUCAAGAUAUCUGACGUACACGAGGGCACAUCCCCCAGGGAGUCAGACCCCGGAGUCACUGAGGGCCCCACUCAGUCUCUGUUCUCAACCCUAAGCCUCCCUGCAACCUUCCCAGCCUUCAAGCCUAUAAGGACAGAGACAGAAAGCCCUUCGCAGAGUUCAUCACUUGUGUCUACUACAGCAGCGGCUGAUGUGACCCCUAGCAGCGUAACAGGCUCUUCCUCUCUUCCUCGGAUCCCUUCUUCAGGAACCAAAAGCAUCGUGGAACGCAACACACAGCUACCCAGUGAAGCCAUACACAGAGGCACCAUGCAGCCAAUCGAGGGCCCUCUGGCACCCACAACACCUGCUAGUCCCGAAGGACUUUCCACAGGAGGAACUAAAAGCACAGAGACAACUGCCAUGGCUCUGAAGACCACCUCCAUAGCCGCAGUGACCCCUAGGGUCUCCAUUUCCACCUUGAGAACACUCCUCAUCCCAACAUCAGCCAGCACAAGUCUAAGAGGAAUGACCAUUACAACCUCAACUCUUUCUCCCGGUGUUCCAGGGGUGACAACCUCACUGGCCACCCGACUUAGAGAAGAUACCAGCAUAACAGUUUCCAAGGAAACUCCAUCUCCUUUCAGUAGAGAACCAGUGACCACUUCCUUGGUGGUCCCCAGUUCUGGGGCAGAGACCAGGCCAGCUACUCCAGCUCUGACUGCUUCCCCUGGUGAGUCAGACACAGUGGUCUCAUUGAUGACUCACCCGGCAGAGACAAGAAUACCAGUUGCCAGAACAACCUCCAAAUUUCCGCAUUCUGAAUCAGAUACCACACUCUCAGUGGACACCAGUCCUGGGACAGAAACAAGUCCAGCCACUCCAACAACCACUGUCGCACCUGACACCCCAGGGUUCACAGCCUCAUGGGUCACUACUUUUAGGACAGACGCUGCCUCAACUAAACCAGCUCUGACCCCUCCCGAUGAACAAGAGAGCGCAAUCUCCUUAGCUACUGAUCUUGGAGCACAAGGUUCAACCACUCCAAGUCCAACUAUCUCACCUGGUGUAUCUGAGAUGGUGACAUCACUGGUUAGUAGUUCUGAGACAGACACAAGCACAAGUAGCCAAAGUCUGACUGUUUCUCCAAAUCAGAUGGAUAUCACGGCUUCAAGGGUCACCCAAUCUGGAACAAAAGCCAGUUCAGCACUUCCAUCUCAGACUAUUUUGCCUGGUGGAUCACAUACAACAACCUCAUGGGUUACGCAUUCUAUAGAGAUCAGCCCUACACUUCCCAGGACAGCCCCACAUUUCCCCCAUAGUGAAUCCAACACUACACCCAAAACAACCACCAGUCCUAUGAAAGAAACCAGUUCAGCUGUUUCCACUUCCACCGUUGCACCCGGUGGAACAAAUACAGUGACCUCAUUGGCCACUAGUUCCAGAAUAGCAACCAUUACAAGUAUUCCAAAUCCAACUAUUUCUGCCAGUACACCAGAGACCACAUCCUCAUUGGUUACCCAUCCUGGGCCACAGACUAGUUCAGCCAGUCCAACUCUCCCUGUCUCCCCUGGUGUACCAGGGACAAUGACUUCACUGGUCACUAGUUCUGUAGAAGAGAACAGCAUAGUCCCAGUCCUGACUGUUUCCCCAGGGCCAACAGAGACCACAGCCUCAUGGGUCACCCAUCCUGAAUCAGAAGCCAGUUCUGCUGCAACAGCGCUGACUGUUUCAGCGAGUGAGGCAUAUACAAUAGCUUCACUGGUCACCAAUGCAGCAGAGAUUGACUCAGCUGUUCCCAAAACAACCCUCAGUUUUUCUCAUCGUGAAUCCAGUGCCACACCCUUAACAGCCACCAGUCCUGCGGAAGAAGCCAGUUCGUCUGUCUCAAGUUCUUCUGUCUUACCUGAGGUCUCAGGGAUGAUGACUUCAUUGGUCACUAGAUCUACAGCAGUGGCCAGUACAAGUACUCCAACUCUGGCUCUUUCUUCUUCUGGAUCAACGAUUACAUCUUCAGGGGUCACCCAUCCUGGGGCAAUUUCCAGCUCAGCUGCUCCAACUCUGUCUGUUUCAACUGGUGGGCCAGAUACCACAGCCUCGUCAGUCCCUCUUCUUGCGAGGACCAGCCGAACAAUUCCCAGGACAACUCCCAUUUUUUUCCAUACUGAAUCCAAUACCAUACCUAUAACAGCCACCGGGCUUGGGGAAGAAGCCACUUCAGCUGUCUCAACUUCCGGUGUGGGGUUGCUGACUUCACUGGUCACUAGUUCUGGAACAGAGUCCACUAUGUUUCCCACUUUCACUGUUCUCCCAGGCCAACAACAGACCACAGACUCACGGGUAACCCAUCCUAGAUCAGAAGCCAGUUCUUUUGUCCCAACUUUGUCUGUCUCUCCGGGUGAGCCAGAUACAACUUUCUCCUUGGUCACCCACCCUGCAGAGACCAGCUCUACUGUUUUCACAAAAAGCCUGAGUUCUUCCCCUAGUGAAACACACUCCACAACCCCAACAAUCAUCAUUCCUGGGACAGGAUCUACUUCAGCUGUUUCAAGUGCAACUAUCUCAUCUGGUGUUCCAGAGACGGUGACUUCACAGGUCCCUACUUCUGGAAUAGAUGCCAACACAACUAAACCAACUCUGACUCCUUCUCCUUGUGAACCAGCAGUCACCACCACGUUGGUCACCUCUGCUGGGACACAGACAAGUUCAGCCAUUCCAACACCAGCUGUCUCAGCUGGCAGAUUAGAGACGACCUCACCAGCCACUAGCUCUGAGACAGAGAAAAGUGCAACUACUCCAAUUCUCACUGUUUCCCCAAAACAACUGGAUACAACAGCCUCGUGGGUGACCUAUCCUGGGUCAGUUGCAAGUUCAGCUUUUCCAACUCUGUCCACUUCCGCUGGUGAGCCAGAUACAACAGCCUCAUGGGUCACUCAUCCUGAAGCAGCCAGCCUACCUGUUUCCAGGACAAUCCCCUAUUUUCCCCAUAGUGUACCAGACACCACACCCUCAAAGACUACCAGCCCUGGGGCAGGAGCCAGUUCAGCUGUCCCAACUUCUACCAUUUCACCUGAGGUACCACGGGUGGUGACCUCACUGGUCACGAGUUCUAGGACUAUAAUCAGCACAAGUACUUCAGCUGUGGCUCAUUCUCCUGGUGAACCAGAGACCACAGCCUUAUUGGUCACUCAUCCCGGACCACGUUCAUCCCUUCCACCUGUAGCUGCUUCCUCUAGUGUACCAGGGAGCGUGACCACAUUAGUCACUAGUUCCGGGACAGAGACAAGUAUGACUUAUCCAAAGUUGACUGAUUACUCACAAGAACCAAAGACUAAAGCCUCAUGGGUCACCCAUCCUGGGUCAGAAGCCAGUCCAACUGUUCCAACUCUGACUGUUUUGCAUGGUGAGCGAGAUACAACUAUUUCCUUGGUCACUUAUUCUGCAGAGACGAGGACACCUGUUUCCAGAACAGCCCCAGAGUCUCCCCAGAGUGAAUCACACUUCAUAUCCUCAAUGGCUACCAGCCCUGGGGCAAAACCCAGUUCACCUGUUUCAACUACAAUUAUCUCACCUGGCACACCACGGGUUACUAACUCUGGGACACACACAGGUGUGGCUACUUCAACUGCGACCCUUUCUCCUAGCGAAACAAAGACCACAGCUUCUGCAGUCACCUAUCCUAGGGCACAGAGCAGUCCUGCUGUUCUGACUCUCACUGUUUUCUCUGGUGGACCAGCUACAACCUCAUCCAUCACUCAUUCUUCAGAAACCAUUACACCUGCUUCCAGAACAAACUCCAGUUUUUCCCAUGGUGGAUCAAACACCACACCCUCAAUGGCCAGCAGUCCUAGAGCAGAAUCCAGUUUGCCUGUGCCAACAAUGACUCUCUCACGUGGGGAACCAGGUGUGAUAACCUCUCAGGUCACUACUGGGCCACUAACCGGUACAACUAUUCCAACUUUGACUAUAUCUCCUAGUGAAACAGAAACCACGGCCUUGAUAACCACCCACUCCAGUGCAGAGACAAGUACAAAUUUUCCUGUUUCAACCAUCUUUCCUCCUGAAUUGGAGACCACAGCCUCACUGUCCAUCAGACCUGAGGUAGAGAUUAGCACAGCUCUUUCAAGUCAGACUGCUUCCCCUGGUGAACCAGAGACAGAAACUUCUCUCUUCACCUCUCCUGUGACCGAGAUGGGUAGAGUUGAUCUAGGUCCAACAGCUUCACCUGGUAUUCCUGUGGAAACGGCCUCAUUGUCUGCUCAUCCUGGGACAGAGACCAGCGCGAGGACUCCAACUGCAACCCUUUUCUCCGGUCGAACAGAGGCCACCAGUGUAGGGGUCACCAGCCCUUCACCAGAGGCCAGCACGGGCAUUCCAACUCUCACUGCCUCCCCCAGUAUCCCUUGGCUUUCCAGUGCCCCUACAGCAACAGGUGAGCCUAAGACCAUAACUUCUGGGAGCACAGAAACCUCACCACCUGCAACUUCAUCCAGACUCCCAGAUUCUUCCAAAACUGUUGCAGGCCCCACUAUGACCUUGAUAACAUCGGAGUCCCCAAUACUACCUACAACCAGUCAUGGAGGAGUAAGUCCAACCAUUACACUGAAAACUACAACUGUGGAGACCACUCAUCUAACUGCCACAGGUUCAAGUCCCGCCACAGGUGAGAUCACAACUACCUUCAGUACUACAAUAGCUGCAAGUCCCUUUGCCUCAGAGACCACACCUGCGAUGUAUACUUUGGCUUCUGAGACUGUGACUUCAGGAACAAGAUCCCCCACACCCAUGACCCCUAUGCCCAGCUCUACAGCUGUAGGAUUCAGGCCGGUCCUGGUGCCUUUCACACUCAACUUCACAAUCACCAACCUGCAUUACACUCCAGACAUGGGCCACCCUGGCUCCUUGAACUUCAACUUCACGGAGAAGGUCUUGAACCACCUGCUCGAGCCCUUGUUCAAGAACACCAGCAUCGGCACUGGCUACUCGGGCUGUAGAUUGACCUUGCUCAGGAACGAGAACAAUGAGACAGCCACUGGGGUGGAUGCAGUCUGCACCUACCAACCUCACCCCAUGGGCCCAGCUCUAGACAGAGAACAACUGUACCAGCAUCUGAGCCAGCUGACCCAUGGUGUCACCAGGCUGGGCUCCUAUGCCCUAGACAGAGACAGCCUCUAUGUCAACGGUUAUAACCGCCAGUACUGGACCCCUACUAUCAGCGGUCCAGUGACCAGCACAUUAGCUCCAGGACUUUUGACAUCCUCCAUCCCCAGCUCCACAGGUGCAAAUCUUCCUCUGGUAACCUUCACCCUCAACUUCACUAUCACCAACCUGUAUCAUGAGAAGGACAUGGAGCACCCAGGAUCUGAGCUAUUCAACACCACAGAGAGGAUCUUGAAUCGCCUGCUGAAAUCUUUGUUCCAGAGGAGCAGUAUCGGGCCCCUUUAUUCUGGCUGCAGGCUGAUUCUGCUGAGGCCUGAGAAAGACAAAACAGCCACUGGAGUGGAUGCUGUCUGCACUUACCAUCCUGAUCCCAUGGGCCGCGAGCUGGACAGGAAGAAGCUGUACUGGGAGCUGAACCAUGAGACCCACAGUGUCACUGAGCUGGGCUCCUACGCCCUAGACAAGGACAGUCUCUACGUCAAUGGUUAUACCUUUCAAGCUUCUCCUCCCACUCCUAGCACUGCUGUGACCUCUACCCUCUUACCAUGGACUUCCUCAGUGCAAGGCCACUUCACCACCUCCACAGGAGAGGCCCCUUUUCUGAUGCACUUCACCCUCAACUUCACCAUCACCAACCUGGAAUUCAAGGAGAACGUGGAGCACCCCAGCUCCAAGAGUUUCAACAGCACCGAAACAAUCCUACGGAAACUGCUCCAACCCGUGUUCAACAGGAGCAGUCUGGGACCCCUUUAUGCGGGCUGCAGUCUAACCUCUCUCAGGCCCGAGAGGGGAGGAGCAGCCACCAGGGUGGACGCCGUCUGCUCAUAUCACCCCGGACCUGAAGGCUUCAGACUGGACAGGGAGCGGUUGUACUGGGAGCUGAGCCAGAUGACCCAUGGCGUCACCCUCCUGGGCCCCUACACCCUGGACAGGGACAGUCUCUCUGUCAACGGAUUCACCCGUCGGAGCUCUGCACUCCUCACCAGCACCAUGAGCCCCGCUCUGGUACCCUUUACCCUCAACCUCACCAUCACGAACUUGCGGUUCACGCCAGAUGUGAGCCAUCCAGGAUCCUCCGGGUUCAACAGAACCGAGGCCACCUUGCAGCACCUGCUUGGGCCUCUGAUGAAGAACACCAGUAUCGGCCCGCUCUUCUCUGGUUGCACACUGACCUCGCUCAGGCCUGAGCAGGAUGGAUCAGCCAGCAGGGUGGACCUCGUCUGCACCCAUCACUCCGAGCCCACAGGCACUGGGGUGGACAGAGAACAGCUGUACUGGGAGCUGAGCCGAGAGACCCACGGUGUGACCCGGCUGGGCAGCUACAGCCUGGACAGGAACGGCCUUUAUGUCAACGGUUACACCCAGCAGUACCUGCCCUCCACCCCCAGUGUUUCUGUGGCCUCUACUGUGAUCCCAACAAUGUCUUCAACCCUUACACCAAUCUCCACAGCUGCCAGACCUGCCCUGCUGCUGCCCUUUACACUGAACUUCACCAUCACCAACAUGCCCUACACGGAAGACAUGCAGCCAGGGUCAACAAGGUUCAACCACACAGAGUCGGUUUUGCAACACCUGCUCACACCCUUGUUCACCAACAGCAGCAUCGGUUCCCUCUACAGUGGCUGCAGACUGAUGGCGCUCAGGCCUGAAAGAGGUGGAACAGCCACUGCAGUUGAUGCCAUGUGCACCUACCAUCCCGACCCCACAGGCCUUGGGCUGGACAGGGAGCGCCUCUACUGGGACUUGAGCCAGCUGACCCAUGGGGUCACCAAGCUCAGCUCCUACAUCCUAGACAGAGACUGUCUUUAUGUGGAUGGUUACACCAGACCAGUGUUGACCCCUAUCCCCAGUGUGACUGAGACCUCUGCACUCUUCCUGGGAACCUCAGCAGCUCCAAACACAGCCUCUAGCCCUACUCUGAUGUCAUUCACCCUUAACUUCACCGUCACCAACAUGCCCUACACGGAGGACAUGCAGCCUCUGGGCUCCUUGGAAUUCAACAAAACAGAGAAAGUUCUUCAAGGACUGCUUGACCCCUUGUUCAAGGACACCAGUGUUGGCCCGCUGUAUUCUGGUUGCAGACUGGCACUGCUCAGGGCAGAGAAGCACGGGGCGGCCACUGGCGUGGACGCAGUCUGCACCCACCACCCAAACUUAACGAGUCCUGGGCUGGACAGAGAGAGGCUGUACUGGGAGCUGAGCCAGCUGACCCAAGGCAUCACCCGGCUUGGACCUUACACCCUGCAGCAGGACAGUCUCCAUGUGGAUGGUUACACUCACCAGACUGAAACAAGUGUCCCCAGUGGAUCUCCCCUGGUGCCAUUUACCCUAAACUUCACCAUCACCAACCUGCCCUAUGAGGAAGAGUCGUGGCCUCCAGGACUCUGGAAGUUUAACGACACGGAGAAGGUCCUGCAACACCUGCUCAGACGCUUGUUCAAGAACACAACUAUCGGCCCCCUCUACUCUGGCUGCAGAGUGACCUUGCUCAGACCUGAGAAGGGUGGGUCAGCCACAGGAGUGGACACUGUCUGUACCUAUCGUCCUGAACCCAUGGGCCUCAAGCUGAACCGAGAGCAGCUGUACUGGGAGCUGAGCCAGCUGACCCAUGGUGUCACCCAACUGGGCCGCUACACCCUGGAAAAGAACAGUCUGUAUGUUAAUGGAUACACCAACAGGACUGCAGUAGCGACGCCUAGUGCUAAUGGCUCUACUACAGUACUGGUCACACUCAACUUCACCAUCACCAACAUGGGUUACGCAGAGGAAAUGGGAAAGCCAGGUUCCUUGAAGUUUAACUUCACCGAGAGGGUCCUUCAGCGCCAGCUUAGGUUCUUGCUCAAUAAGACCAGUGUUGGGCCACUCUACGUUGGCUGCCAGUUGGCUGCACUCAGGUGUGAGAAGGAUGGGGCCGCCACAGGAGUAGAUGUCAUCUGCACCUUCCACUCCGAUUCUACGGGCCCUGGGCUGGACAGAGAGAAGCUGUACAGGGAGCUGAGUCAUGAAACCCAUGGCAUCACCCAGCUGGGUCACCACUACACCCUAGACCACAAGAGUCUGUAUGUCAAUGGUUACACCUUUGGAGGUACAGCCACAACUCCCACCACCGAGGUCCGCGAGGAGCUGUUCACAGUGAACUUCACCAUCAACAACCUUCGCUACGCGGUGGACAUGGGCCACCCUGGCUCCCUCAAGUUCAACAUCACAGACACGGUCCUGGGGCACCUGGUGAGCAGCCUGCGGCCCUCUCCUACCCCUCCCGCCACAUUCCAGGGCUGCUUCCUGUCGCUGACCAAGCCUGGCUCCCUUCUUCCUUUCCAGCUCAGCCCUUUGCUCCGGAGGAGUAGUCUGGGUGCUCGGUACACAGGAUGCAGGCUCACCGCUCUGAGGCCUGUGAAUAAUGGUGCCCAGACAAGGGUGGACAUCCUCUGCACCUACCGACAGUCCCGCGGCAGCCUGGGCCUGUCUGCCAAGCAGGUGUUCCAUGAGCUGAGCAGGCAGACCCGUGGCAUCACCAGGCUGGGUCCCUACUCUCUAGACAAAGACAGCCUCUACCUCAAUGGUUAUAAUGAACCUGGUCCAGAGGAGCCUCCCACAACUCCUGCGCCAGCCACCACAUUCCUGCCAUCAUCAACAUCUGUGCAGCCAGAAGCCACAACAGCCGUGGGGUACCCCCUGAAGACCCUCACACUCCGUUUCACCAUCUCCAACCUCAAGUACUCACAAGACAUGAGCCAUGGAUCAGCCAAGUUCAACUCCACUGAGAGGAUGCUGCAGUACCUGCUUGGGUCAUUAUUCCAGAAGACCAUCCUGGGCCCCUUCUACUCAGGUUGCAAUCUAACCUCCCUCAGGCCUGAGAAGGACAAAGAAGCCACUGGUGUGGAUGUAAUCUGCACCUAUCAUCCCGACCCCACGGGCUCUGGGCUGGACAGCAAGCAGCUGUACUGGGAGCUGAGCCAGCUGACCCAUGGCGUCACUCAGCUGGGAAAGUACUCCCUAGACCAGAACAGCCUCUAUGUCAAUGGUUACACACACCGGACUGCAGUAACAACCCCUAGUGGCUAUGUAACCCAGAACGAAACCAUCCGGGGUGAGUACCAGCUAAGUUUCCACAUCCUCAACUGGAACCUCGGCGACCCAGACCCCACGUCUCCAGAGUACACUGCCUUGCUGAGGGACAUCGAGGACAAGGUCACCACACUCUAUACAGGCAGCCAGCUACACGAUGUCUUCCAGUCCUGCCUGGUCACCAAUUUGACGAUAGACUCCAGGUUGGUCACUAUGAAGUUAUUUUUCUCCUCCCAUCUGAAAGCCGACCUUGUGAAGCAAGUUUUUCUAAAGGAGACCUCGAACGCUUCGUCCCACUGGCUGGGUGCCACCUACCAGCUGAAGGACCUACAUGUGACAGAAGUGAAGCCAGCCAUUCUUCAAGCAACAGAAAUGCCACCAGACACUUCCAGCUCCCAACAAUUCCAGUUGAAUUUCACCAUCACCAACCUACCCUAUUCCCAGGACAUAGCCCACCCCGACUCUACUCCAUAUCAUCGUAACAAGAGAAAUAUUGAGAAUGCACUCAACCAGCUUUUCCGAAACAGCAGCAUCCAGAGCUAUUUUUCAGACUGUCAAGUUUUAGCAUUCAGGUCUGUCUCUCAUGUCAACCACACUGGAAUUGACUCUGUGUGCAACUUCUCACCCUUGGCUCGGAGGCUGGACAGAGUCGCCAUCUAUGAGGAAUUCGUGCGAUUGACCCAGAAUGGCACCCAGUUGCAAAACUUCACUCUAGACAAGAACAGCGUCUUGGUGGAUGGAUAUUCUCCCCACAAAAAUGAGGCUGAGAUUAGCAACUCUGAUCUCCCCUUCUGGGCCAUCAUUCUCAUCUGCCUGGCGGGGCUCCUGACACUCAUCACAUGCCUGCUCUGCUGCUAUCUGGUGAUCAUCUUCCGAAGAAAGAAGGAGGGGGGCUACCAGGUCCAGCGCCACCGCCUGGGCUAUUACUUCCCACACUUGGACCUGAGGAAGCUACCGUGACCCCGUCUGCCAGGGGGCUCUUUUAUCCCACUCAGGGCCCAGAGAAGAAAUAAACCGCACUGGACAGACACAGCCUAUGCGCCUUGCUUGACUUUGUCCCAGACCAGUUCCCAGGGGACAAAGUGAGAUGUCUUCCUCCUGUGUUUUGUCCUGAAGGCAACUGUUAGUUGUCUUGGGGCUGCAUUACUGUGCCAUCUGUCAGGGACACCAGAACUGGUGAAACUGGUAUGGAAAUCGCCAUUAUCCCAAAUCAACAUCCCACUUAAAUGUGGGAUUUCCCUCCUAGUCACCUGCCACCUACCUGCCCUUAAUAACGUUACUGCCAGCUGUCACACAGAUCUGUCUCUCUAUAUCUA